UGAAGCACCAUGUAUGAGCUCAACGAAAGCAGCUUCGAUCCCAUCACCUUCGUCCUGACGGGCAUCCCGGGCCUGGAGGAGUCUCACAUCUGGAUCUCCGUCCCCUUCUGCCUGAUGUAUGUCACCGCGGUCUUUGCCAACUCUGUCCUCCUCUUCGUCAUCAUCACGGACAGGAGCCUCCACGAGCCCAUGUACCUCUUCCUCGGCAUGCUGGCUGUUUCCGACCUCAUGCUUUCGACCACAACGGUGCCCAAAAUGCUGGCCAUCUUCUGGUUCAGUGCCAGGGAAAUUUCCUUCGAUGCCUGCAUUACACAGAUGUUCUUCACCCAUUUCAGCUUCAUCGUGGAAUCCUCCGUUCUGCUGGCGAUGGCGUUCGACCGGUAUGUGGCCGUCUGCGACCCGCUGCGCUACUCUUCCACCCUGACGCCCCCGGUGAUCGGGAAGAUAGCCGUCACGGCUGUGGUCCGGGGGUUCUGCAUCAUGUUCCCCCCCAUCUUCCUCCUGAAGCGGCUGCCGUACUGCGGGCACAACGUCAUGCCCCACACCUACUGCGAGCACAUGGGCAUCGCCCGCCUGGCCUGCGCCGACAUAAAAGCCAACGUCUGGUACGGGCUGACGACGGCUCUCCUCUCCUCCGGCCUGGACGUCGUGCUCAUCGCUGUCUCCUACGCUCUGAUCCUCAGGACGGUCUUUCGCCUUCCGUCCCCGGAGGCUCGUCUCAAAACCCUGAGUACCUGCGGCUCCCACCUCUGUGUCAUCCUCAUGUUCUAUGUGCCUGCCUUUUUCUCCUUUCUCACGCAUCGGUUCGGCCACCACAUCCCAAGUCACGUUCACAUCCUCCUGGCCAACCUCUACGUCGUAGUCCCGCCGAUGCUCAACCCCAUCGUCUACGGGGUGAGGACGAGACAGAUCCGGGAGCGCGUUGUCCGCCUCUUCUGCCCCUGCCCCGGAUUUUUGCCGCCUUUGUGCAUCCUGAGCAGCUGUGCCGCUCUGGGGGCAGCAGUGCUGACCUCUCGCCAGCCCUUGUCACGUCCUCAGCGGCGAGGGGGUGAAGUCUCUCGCGAGGCCUGCGUCUGGCUUGCACACCCGAGCCGCAAGGAUUCCUCAAGUAACAUCAGAGUGACUGUGGAGACCCUCGAGCAGGAGGAGAAGGUUGUGGAUGAUGAGAGAAGCACCAUCCAGGAGUUUAAGGUAGAAGCUGGCAAGUGUUUCAAAACAUCCCCUGAUCUACUGGUCCUGGCAUUUGCUGGGGAAAUCCGCAAGGGUCAAGACACUUUGAGCCAGCAUGGAGUUCACAGUGGGGUCAAAAUCCACCUGGUCAUCAGUCCCAGAAGAGCCCGCAGGACGGCCUGGCAGACCAAGAAUGGGCGGCCACCGUGA